GCAGAUCUCUGACCCAUCCUCAGGUAAGAGGUGCUCGGGGAUCUGUUACCCUAUGGACCCCACCGGCCUGAAUCCUUGUAAGAUUACUCUCAAGCUCGGAAGAGACCGAGAGCAGGAAAAGCCGCCGGCGAAAACGAAUGAGAACAUAGCCGGCGUAUCUCCUUCGUCUUCCUCCGUCUCGUCGCCGCCGUCUUCUCCUUCCUCCUCCGACGAGAUUCUCCAGUCUCAUCUUAAGUCGCAGGAGCUCGUGGUUUACGACCCCGCCGUCGCCGCCGCCGGUGGUAAUGUGAAUCGUGUCCGGAAUCUGAAUCCGAAUCCGAUAAAUUCCAUUUCUCCGGUUGGUCAAGGUCCUAGGGUUUUGCCGUCGGUCGGGGCCUUCACUGUGCAGUGCGCUAAUUGCUUCAAGUGGAGGCUGAUUCCGACGAAGGAGCAGUACGAGCAAAUCCGGGAGCACAUUCUGGAGGAGCCGUUUUUCUGUGAGACUGCCAAGGAGUGGAGGCCGUCGAUUUCGUGUGAUGAUCCAGCUGACAUUAAUCAAGACGGGAGCCGGCUCUGGGCCAUUGAUAGGCCCAACAUUGCUCAGCCGCCGCCUGGAUGGCAACGGCUGCUGAGGAUUCGAGGUGAAGGAAGCACCAAGUUUGCUGACGUUUACUAUCAAGCGCCGUCGGGCAAGAGACUUCGGUCCAUGGUGGAGAUUCAAAAGUAUUUGAUUGAACAUCCGGAGUAUAUGGUGGAUGGGCUAUCUAUGGCACAAUUUUCAUUUCAGAUUCCAAGGCCGCUGCAGGAGAAUUAUGUGAGGAAACGCCCUGCUGCUCCUCGUUUGACAGCUGCUGACCAUGCCAGUAGAACUCUUGAACCGACUGAAGCUAAUCCGAUAGCAUGGGCUGGUCCAGAUGAUACAGAGUUGCAACUUGGUUCUCCAUACUUGGAGGCUCAUGUGUUUGACCCUGUUGGUCGACCUACAAAGAAGCGAGCCAAAACAAGAACUCCAUCAAGGGUCUACAAUAGUAAUUUAAAUAUCAGCACAGAGUCGAGCUAGAAGAGCAUGUGUCAUUCUUGAAACUAGUUACUCUAUCUUGCACUCUCUGGGGACCUUUUCACGUUGUAUCUGUCUUGUUUUUCUUGGCUUGUGUUGGCUUACACUUUAAUGUUAUAUAUAGUAUAUCUGGCAAAGCAGAGGAAGGGUUUUGAACUUUGUGAGUAGAGGAAAGAACGUUUUGGGGUCUAGGGAAUGUUGACAUGCUGUAAGCUUAAUGCUCGUCUUUUGUAUAAAAAGAAAACAUCAAAAGAAAUUGAUUGCAGAUCAUAUGAAGAUGCGUACAGGUUCGAAUU